AUGGCCUCUAGAGGAUCACCAUCGCCUGACUUAUCAGUGGCCGAUUUAUUGGACAAUGAGAUUGCCAAGCUGAGAGCUCAAGUGGAAUCGUUGAAGAGUGAACUGCAAAUUCAAACCACGACUCUACUCGUGGCGGACUCGACGCGCAGCAUUCUCAAGAGUCGGACUAGGAAGGCCUCACGAAAUGAUGCGGCCGCAAGUACAAGGCUCUUGGCGCAGUCCGAGAAGCAGACUGCGCAUAAACAGCAGGGUCUCUACAGAGCAUGCGCCUCCAUCACCGCUCUCAAAAUCCUCGAUCCGGACCCAAAUGCUGUCGACGGCGGCAACGUACUGGGACUGCGUUUCGAAGUCAUGUCGAGAUCCAGGUUCAUCAGACCCUACUACGUCAUGCUGAACAGGCCGUAUCCGAAUUCACGCCAUCUACGCGUCCAUCGACAUACGGUGCCGCCGUGCAUCCCUCUCUCCGGCCUCGCAGCUCGGUACCUACCAGCGCCCAAAGCAAGCGACGACGAGGCUGCGGCGCGUAGCCAGGAUCUUUCGCAUUUUGCGCGUGCACUCAGGAGAGAGUUGGUACGGUACCAGAACCGAAUUGCCACAAUUGGUGAUCUGAGGAAAGCAGCCGGGCUUGGAAGCAGCAAAGGCAAAGGCAAGCAGCUCGAAGCUCCAAUAUCUGAGAUCAGCGCGGCGGAUGCAGAGGCCAAACAAAUACGUGUGGAAUGGGAAGACGGACGUACUGGCCGCCUAGUCAUGGACGACGAUGGGAAAUUGGUGAAAAUGGUCGCCCAAGGAGAAAAUGGACGAGAUCGGGAGGCCGUCAGGCAGUUGCUUGGUGGCAGUAUCCGUAUUGACGAUCUGGUUCGGCGGCUCGACAAUUCGUGA